AUGAAUCUCCAGCAGCUAAGUUUCUAUUUCGACUUUGUCAAAGUCAUUGUGUCACAUCUUGCCAGCAUGGCAGUUCAUAAGGGACAAUCGAUUAUCCAUAAAGCUACAUAUCGAUUGUUACCUGACUCACGUGUCGUGAUCGUCGUUGGAGGCUCUUUUGCUGGAAGCCUAGUUGCCCAACGCCUGGCUCAUACGCUUCCCUCCGGUUACCGCGUUAUUCUCAUCGAAAAGCACUCUCACUUCAACUACGCGUUCAGCUUCCCUCGAAAUUCCGUCCUGUCGGGUCGAGAGCAUAAUGCAUUCAUCACGUACGACAACAUCGCUGCAGGCGCACCAGAUGGCAUCUUUCAACGAGUCUGUGACGAAGCAUCUGAUAUUACCGAGAUGCAUGUCCACACUGUCGGUGGCAUUUCCCUUCCUUACGAUUAUCUUGUGAUUGCCACCGGCGCAGCUCAGCCUCCUCCAGCUCGAUUGAACGCAAGAGUCAAGGAUGAUGCAAUUGAAGAGCUGCGAGGCUUCCAGCAACGCGUUGCUCAGGCUGAUAGAAUUGCCGUCAUCGGAGCUGGAGCGGUCGGCGUUGAGCUGGCAACCGAGAUUAAAGAAGAGUACCCUAACAAAAAGGUUACUAUCAUCCAUUCCAGACAACAGCUCCUGCCCAGAUUUGGUCACAAGCUUCACGAUCAUGUCGUUUCUGCACUCAAGAAUCAAGAUAUUGAGGUCCGAUUGGGCGAGAGACCCGUGUUCCCGAGCGAUGCUGGUCAUUCUGUCCAGGAGACCAGUCUCACUUUUUCCAACGGAGAGACUAAAACCUUUGACCUCGUGAUUCCCUGCACUGGUCUUCGCCCACGAUCUGAUCUCCUCGCUACCUAUUCACCAAAGAGUAUUGCUUCCAACGGAGAGAUCAUAGUCAAGCCAACACUUCAAGUCGAGAACUUGCCCUCAUCCCAACGAAACAUCUUUGCAGUUGGCGACGUUGCCCAGUCUGGAGGCGCAAAGCAAGCUCGGGCUUGCAUGAUGCAGGGCGAGGUUGCAGUUCAAAACAUCCUCAGCCUUAUCAAGAAUAACACUGCCACCAAAGAAUACAAGCCGCAGUUCUUUGAAGGCAUGUUGAACCUGACACUGGGAACGCAUGCCGCUGUGGUGUAUAUCCAAAAAGGAGAUUUCGAGCUGGUCAAGGAAACCAAGGGCCCGGAUGAGGAUCUUGACGUUGGAAAGAUGAGAUGGCAACUCAAUGCAAAGUCGGGAUGA